GUCAAUCACGGGGCUUGACUGCGUUUGGUUGAGAGCGCGCCGGCAGAAACGGCUUCUUCCGGUCAAAAGCAUCUGGAACCGAGAACUUUGAGAUGGCAGAUCAAGAUUCACAUGAAACCACCCAGGAUGGGAUUGCUGCCAACGCAACCAAAGCCCCUGAGGUUGAUAACGAUGGUGCGAAAGCCAGUUCACCAAUUUCAGUCUCGCAAUUCAUGAUGAGCAACAAGGCAGAAUCAAUCAUGUGGCUGCUUCGAGUAUUCACACUGGUGUCAACAUUCUUUUUUCUGUUUCCCAUUUUUGGAGUUGCUGAAGGUGGAUAUUUCUACCAGAGAGCAUUACUGGCUAAUGCCCUGACCAGUGUUUGCCGGUUGCACCAAAGGCUUCCCAGAUUCCAGUUCAGCAGAGCCUAUAUCACACAGGCACUCCUGGAGGAUAGCUGUCACUACUUCCUGUACUCACUUAUCUUUAUUACCUCCUAUCCCAUCACCUUAUGUUUGGUACCAGUGGCAGUGUUUUCUCUGCUUCAUGCAACUGCUUACAAUCGGAAAAUCUUAGAUAUUAUUGGUCCUAAUUCAAUACCAUGGAUGCGAUCCUUCUUAGACAAGAUGACAAUGCACCAGCAGAUCCUGUUCAAGUUCAUCGCAUGCAAUGAGAUUCUCUUGAUGGCUGCAAGUGUCUUUAUGUUGCUUGGAGGCCGGGCUCAUUUAUUCCUCCCCUUUUUCUAUUAUCGUUUCAUGACCUUAAGGUAUGCAUCUCGGAGAAAUCCUUACUGCAGGACAUUGUUUUAUGAGCUUCGAGUGGCAACAGAGCAGCUGACAGCCAGACCUUCCUGUCCGACUUUCCUCCAAAAAGCAUGUCACAAAGUUAUAAAGCUCAUCUGUAAACUGGCUCCAGGGUCAUAGAGUUCGAAAUUCUCCUUAACAUGAGAGAAUUUGCAAUUGGUGACAUUCUUUAUUCCUUAGGAUUCCAUGUAACAUGCCUAUAAUUUAUGUUGUGUCCGUUUUUUUGGUUUUCUUUUAAGGAAUGGCAUCUGAAAUUAGCAUAUGUGAUGAUGUUUUAUGUUCUCAAUUCCAGGUGGCGAGGGUUGCCUUUAUAAAGUAUGUUUGCAUUUGAUUAAUAGACAAUGAGAAUGGAUUUUAUAUGAAUGUGUGUGCUCAGUUUGGUCUGAGGAUUGUGAGCGAGGUCUAAUCAACGUGCAAAACAGACACUGGGUUACUUUGUCACCCAUGCAUCACUUGACUAUCCAUUUUCUUGCAUUUGUUUCAAGACGAAGUGUAACCAAAUAUCCACCCUCCAUGCGAAAAAUGGCUGUCGUUGCAUUAGAAGAAUUUAAAAUCAUACCAAGGGUAGUUUGUAGUAAAGGAUUAGAUUUUUAAUGCUGGAUUCAUAUACAUCUUUACGGGAAAAAAAGCAUAUUUAACAGGUGUAGAUACUUUUAAAAGAAAUAUAGAGAUAUAUUCUAAAUGAUUUCUGUAAAGUACACAUAAGGCUUAUUACUCAGGCUCUCCUCAUUGUUUUUGUGGCGUCAACUAUUAGAAUGGCACAAAUGACCUCCAUUUUCUCAGCUCAUCCUCAGGGAUUGAUACCUUUAACUUUUUGCUUAAUGAGGUUAAUAAAUUAUGGUGAUAACUCUUGACACAUCGUAAGAAGUUUCCAAAUAAGUUUUACAGGUCAGCUUUGUAUACCAGCAGUCUCUUGAAUAUUUCAUGCCUGUGUCAAUAACAAUGCCAUGAAUAGAUAACUCCCAGAAAUACUGUGAAGGUCAAUUCUGUUUUGUCAGGUUACAAUGGGAUGUGUUAGAGUGGACCUUGUUUUUCUUAUCACUUUGAAUAAUUUUCAGAUAUUUCUUGGAAGCAGCUUUUUUUUGGCAAAUUUAAAUAUAUAACUGUCUCUAGAUAAAGCUGCUUCCAUGUGAUGUGGACAAUGUCACUGUGUAUGAGUGAACACCUGUACAACACUUGAUAUCUUUAAACCAAUCAAUUACUAAAGUAAAAGCAAACAAAAACUCUGGAUGCCGAAAACCUGUAAUGGGAAUGUGAACAUUUUCACGCAAUCAGGCAUUAUCUGUGGAUAUUGAUAUGGGAUCUUAACUCUAAUUCUUUCACCUAAGUUACUCAUGCCUUGUUCGGAAUUUUCAGCAGGACUCGCCACUCCACUGGUACUGGUUUAAAAUGAAGACCGUGUAAUUUCAGCUUUGAUUUAAAAUGUAACGUUUCUUAAAAAUCUAAAUCAUGUAAAGACCGUGUGCAGGAUAUUAUAAAUGUGUCCCCUAAAAUUCUUACAGAUUUUAUAUACCAUACCCUGGCAGGGUUGGGUCAGUUCUGACUUUGACUGUUGUGACCCAUUUUCUUUUAUAGAUAAGUUUGUUCUCACUUUUCAUUUAGCUUUCAUUGGAUGUGCAGUGAUUUGGAACUGUUUGCUUUACCCCACCUCCCUUUGCACAAACCCUCACUCUAACCUUCAUAUGACAAUUUUCCAUUAUGGGAGUUUGAAUGAUUUGCCUGCAUGAUCAUACAUUCCAUGAUAUAUUUUAUCAUAUUUACACUAUACAUUGAAUCAUUGUUGCCAACUUACACAAAAUGCAAGGUAAGCUGUUCUGAAGGAUGUGGCAGAGCAAAGGGGGUGAAUAACUGAAGGGCUCCAUAUCAUUUGCGGUUUCCAUGUGAAAAUUCUCAAUGUCAGGAAAAUACAAGCAGAAGCUAGGUGUUUUCUCAAAGGAAAGGGACAAGACAGUCAUGAGUGUUUUAUUGUCAUAUGUCCCAGAUAGAGCAAUUAAAGUCUUACUUGCAGCAGUACAACAAAAAAUGUAAACAUAUAUAGACUGAAAAGUCACAAUAGACCACUCUUGUGUAUUUUCCUUAUAAAAGAGCCCAAUGUCGAGCAAUGAAUCACCUUGGCAUAUAUUGAAUUUUAGAAAUUGUGCAAAUCCACCGAGCAAUCAUAAAAAUUGUUGAAAAUUAGGUCAGUUUAAUUAAAUGGUUGUAAAAAGUUGUCACUUAUUACAAAUGGUUCAGUCUGAAUUGAAGGCAAUGCUAAAGAAAAAUAUUUUUUAUUUUCAUUCAAAAAUUUGAUUAUGUUUAAAAAUGGAGACUUCAAAUGAAUUGCUCACCAGAAAACUAUCCGUUUUAGCAUCUACCACAUCAACUGCUGAUUACAAGAUUCUCAAUGGAACAACAGUUUAACCCUUACAUCCAAAAUGAAUGAAUGAGAGGGACUGUGCAAUGUGAAUGAGGUUAUGAUGCUUAGUUGAAUGCAUCAUAACAUUCAAACUAAGCUGUUGUCUACUCAGUUUUAACCACGCUUCAAAUUUGAAACUCGAAUAUUGCAAUUUUAUUGGUCAUUAAAGGCAGAAGGACAAUAGACAAUAGGUGCAAGAGUAGGCCAUUCGGCCCUUCGAGCCAGCACCGCCAUUCAAUAUGAUCAUGGCUGAUCAUCCCCAAUCAGUACCUCGUUCCUGCCUUAUCCCCAUAUCCCCUGACUUCGCUAUCUUUAAGAGCCCGAUCCAGCUCUCUCUUGAAAGGAUCCUUUAGUGUGCUCCAUUUCCAUGUUAAAAGGCUUUUGGCAGUUUUAGAUUUUUCCCAUCACAAUGGAAUUUAAUGUGAAAAUCUUGGAACCAGUAACACCUCAAAUAUUUGAUAGUUCAACAGCGGCUUGGUGUACUAUUUAUAAAGCAUUAUGCACUGUCGGAAGGAAAAAGAAUAAUUGAAUGUAAAGAUAAAAGUUAGGGCUGUGCUAAUAUUUGCCAUGGGUAAACAAGGACCAACUGACAGUGUCAAGACCCUGUCAUAAAAACAGAAUGUAGAAUUGAUAGCAAGUCCAUCAACAUGCAAUCGACCCAAACACAUUACAAAGAAAUGUGGAAUAUAAGUGAAAUAUUGUUCAUAUCCAAUAAAAGGUUACAAGUUGACAAGAUACAGCCAGUAUUUAUUGUCCAUUUCUAACUUUCUUUGAGAUGCCCAUAGUGAGCUGCAAUAUUCUGAUGACAGUGAGCUCAGAGUGACGCACUGUAUCACAGGAUCUAUUGCACACUCAGUAGCAAUGAAACAACUGUCAUAAAAUUACAAGUCAGCAUUGUAUGUGAAUUGUGGUGGAACUUGGCAUUAAGGGCAUUCAUUAUUCUUACCAACCAAGCCUUAUGUGGUAAAGUUCACCUUGCAGAAUCGGGCAUACUUUCAAAGUUGCAUUCGGCAACAAUUUCAGAAACUUUGCUGGAUCACAAGUCUGUCCUGGGCCUCCUCCAUGGCCAGAGUGAGGACCACCGUAAAUUGGAGGAGCAGCACCUCAUAUUUUGCUUGGAUAGUUUAUACCCCAGCGGUAUGAAUAUUGACUUCACUGAUUUCAGGUAGUCCCUGCUUUCUCCUCCCCUUCUCAGCUCUCCCUCAGCCCACUGUUCCCACCUCUCCCUUUCUUCUUCCCGCCCCCCCACCCUCACAUCAGUCUGAAGAAGGGUCACGAGCCGAAACGUUGCCUAUUUCCUUCGCUCCAUACGUGCUGAGUUUCUCCAGCAUUUUUGUUUACCUUCGAUUUUCCAGCAUCUGCAGGUCCUUCCUAAACAUUAAAGAAAUUCCUCUUCUUCUUUCUAAAUGUCUGUCCUUUUAUUCUGAGGUAAUGGUCUCUGGUCUCAGACUCUCCCACUAGUGGAAACAUCAUCUCCACAUCGACUAUCCAGGCCUUUCAGUGCGGUCCUCCCCCUCUUAUCCUUCUAAACUCCAUGCUCCCUUUUCCAAUGCUUGUUUCUUUCAAGAAUUAAUUUAGGGAGAUCCCAUGUAAUCGGCAAAAGUCCCUUUAUGAAGUAGGUUGAGUAGUCAGUCUCGGAGAACCAUAUAGCAGGGAGACAGGCCCUUUGGUACAAUUCAUCCAUGCCGACAAUGAUGCCCUAUCUAAGAUAAUGCCAUUUGCUUACAUUUAUUCCAUAUCCAUCUAAAUCUUUCAUCCACGUUUCUGUCCAAAUGUCUUUCCAAUGUUAUCCACAAGUUAUAGGAGUAGAAUUAGGCCAUUCAGCCCAUAGUCUACUCUGCCAUUCAAUCGUGGCUAAUCUCUGCCUCCUAAUCCAAUUUUCCUUCCUUCUCCCCAUAACCUUUGACACCCAUUAUAAUCAAGAAUUUGUCUAUCUCUGCCUUAAAAAUAUCUACUGCCUUGGCCUCCACAGCCCUCAGUGGCAAUGAGUUCUACAGAUUAACUACCCUCUGACUUAGAAGUCCUCCUCGCCCUUCUAAAAGAGCACCCUUUAAUUUUGAGGCUAUGACAAGAGACAAUAGGUGCAGGAGUAUGCCAUUUGACCCUACGAGCCAGCACCGCCAUUCAAUGUGAUCAUGGCUGAUUAUCUCCAAUCAGUACCCCUUUCCUGCCUUCUCCCCAUAUCCCCAUAUUUUUAAGAGCCCUAUCUAGCUCUCUCUUGAAAGCAUCAAGGGAACCUGCCUCCACCGCCCAGAGGCAGAGAAUUCCACAGACUCACCACUCUGUGAGAAAAAGUGGUUCCUCGUCUCCGUCCUAAAUGGCUUACUCCUUAUUUUUAAACUGUGGACCCUGGUUCUGGACUCCCCCAACAUUGGGAACAUGUUUCCUGCCUCUAGCGUGUCCAAACCCUUAACAAUCUUAUAUGUUUCAAUGAGAUCCCCUCUCAUCCUUUUAAACUUCAGAGUGUAUCAGCACAGCUGCUCCAUUCUCUCAGCAUAUGACAGUCCCGCCAUCCCGGGAAUUAACCUUGUAAACCUACGCUGCAGUCCCUCAAUAACAAGAAUGUCCUUCCUCAAAUUAGGGGACCAAAACUGCACACAAUACUCCAGGUGUGGUCUCACUAGGGCUCUGUACAACUGCAGAAGGACCUCUUUGCUCCGAUAUCCGAUUCCUCUUGUUAUAAAGGCCAACAUACCAUUUGCUUUCUUCACUACCUGCAGUAGCUGCAUGCUUACUUUCAAAGACUGAUGUACAAGGACCCCCAGAUCCCGUUGUACUUCCCCUUUUCCCAACUUGACACCUUUGGUCGUAGCAAUUGUUAUUGUUCCCAUCUCAACUACUUCAUCUGGCUACAUGAACCAGCCCCUCCCUAGCCAUAAGUAUUUGAAAGGUAACAGACCCGUGGUCGCUGGUCCCACAAGGCUUGCCCACUGGCACUUCUGUCAGAGUAGAUCAAGUUUUGCCCCCUCGUUUGUGUGGCCCUCUACGUAUUGCCUGAAGAAAUCUUCCUCAAUUAAAGUCUCUCUCAGAUAGGAAACCAGGAAGUAAGAAUCAUGACUUUAAUGCAAUAUUUUAAAUUCUUACCAGAGUGAAACAUGCAAGGGUGGAAUAGAAGCUGAAGUAUCACACACACACACACACAUUUUUUCUAUUUUAACAUCCUGUAUAUUCUAAAAUAUUUAUCCAAUGAAAUUAAUGCACAAAAUUAUUUUAUUUUUUAAUUAUAGAGAUUUUAAAGCGAUAAUUAUGAUUUGGUAUGCCAUUAACUUCACAAAUAAUAAGUUUAAUAUUGCAGGUUAUCAGCAAUAUAAGUUAAAAUAAUCUGAAUUUCUUGUCAGUUAAUUUGAUUAUGUUGGCGGAGGAUGCAAAAACCCACUCCUCGCACCUUUUGGUUUUCCACAUUUAGAUUUCCACAUUUAACUGUACAGACCUGUAUUGCAAAACUUAAUGCCAGCUUCACCUUAUGAUGAUGGUGAGUGCUGACAGCCUGUAUAUAGCAAGCAUUAAAUAGCCCCAAUCUAAUGAAAUAAUUAAAUAAACUUAAAAUAUUAAUGAAAACAGUGAUGAAUGAUUAACUACUUCAUAAAUCUUCUCAACUUCUCAUAAAGUUUCUCAAACUUUAUCAUUCAUUAAUCAACAUGAUCUUCGAAAUAUUUAAACUUACAUAUGCGCACUUUUUUUAAUUCUCCGUGUAUAUUUAGCUAUGCAUGAAAUGUUUUAUCAGUAGAUUGAAUGGUAGAAUUGUUGCAGCACAGGAGGAAGCAAUUUAGCCCAUCAAAUCCUUAUCUGCUUUAUCUAGAACAUUCUAGUAAUAUAUUUUAAUUGUAACAUUAGAAAUAUAAUGGCAUAAAUUUUUACUGGUUUAGAGCUAUAUAGAAAACCUAAAAAAAAAACAUUGUACACUUAGAUUUUUAAAAUUAAAUAUUAAUUGUAUACACUGGAAACUGUAUCAACUUCGUAAACUGGCAUCUGGUCAGUGAAAGUACUAGUCAGUUGAGAGGAAAAAUAGACAUCUGGCAUGAAUUCAUCUUUUUUUAUAUAUUUAAAUAGCUUUGCUAUUUCUGUCUGUUCAUCCGCUCAUAGGGAGUUGUAUGUAAUGAAGCAUGUAGUUGUAACUAGGCUAUACCUCAGCUGGAAAAUGUCAAAUUAUAUUAUGCAUUCUUCAAAAUCAUAAAUCAUGCUUAAGAUUUAUUUUUAAAAUGUGAAGGUAAGGGGAGAAAAAUUGACAAUUUUGUUAACAAGUCACCAGGAAUUGCAGAAUGAUUUUAUUAAAAGUCCCAUGUUAUUGUUGUCAGAAGCAGAGAUCUCUGGAGACUCAAGUAUUCAUGGUACAAAUGUGAUUAUAAAGAUUGUAAGAUUAUGCAGAUGUUCAAGUAUGCUGGGGAAUCUCAGACAGCCUUUAUGCUUUGAAUGCCACACUUGAAUGUUAAACAAUGCCUUUGAGAAACUAGCACAAUCAUAAAUAGGUUUUAAUUAUUUCCUAUGUAGCAUCAUGUAGACCUGUGAUUCAGUUGUUUUGGUAAAAUACUAAUAAAAAUGCAUAUAUAUAUAUAUAUAAUUCUGCAAACAGUCAAUUAUGACCAACAAUGUCAUCCUUUUGUGAUGAUGUCUUCAUUAUAAAUGCUAAAAGCAAAGGGAUAGCCACUGAAGCCAUUUUGUAGGUAGAUUAUACAUUAUUUCUAUUACAAUUGUGAAAAUGUGCAAUAUUGUCUUGUUAUUAAUGCUUAUCCAUUGAACAAAUUGUAAAUUUUGUGUGCUCUGCAUUCUGUAAUACGUAUGCUUGAAAUGUUAGAAUAGUAAACAUAUUUCGGCGCCUAAUACAGUUGCUGUUCUGAGUCUCUUUACUUCGAUUUAAGAUUAAAAUACAUCACCAAUUUGUCAGGAGCUGGAACCUCCAUUGCACAUGAUCAGUCGCUAGUCAUAAAACCCUUGCUCACCUGUAGGAUAAUUAGAUUUGUAGUAUUUAGCUGGUUAAAGAAAAUAUCCAAAAAAUAAAGAGUUUUGCUCUUUUAUACCAAAGAACUGUUGUCAAUAUUUACUACUAACCAAAAUACAUUGCUAUAGGUGGUAUUGUAAACAGUAAAGAAGGUUAUCAACAAUUACAGCAGAAUCUGUUUAGAGACACAGCAUGGAAACAGGAUCUCCAGCCCAAUGAGUCCAUGUCGAAUGUGGAUCUUGUGUUCACACUAGUUCUGUUAUCACACUUUUACAUCCAUUACCUUCACAAUAGGGGCAAUUUACAGAUUCUACAAACUCCACUGACCGAAUGCCUUUUUAAAUAAUGUUAUUGUUAUUGCCUUAACUGCUUUCUCUGGAAACUUGUUCCAUACACACAUCGCCUCUUACAUUAAACUUAAUUCCCUCUCGUUUUUGAUUAUCUUUGCCUGGGGAAAAAGGUUCAUCCACCCUGGUAGAGCUGCUGCCUCACAGUCAGAGAUUUGGAUUUGAUCCUGCCCUCAGAUGCUAUCUACAUGGAGUUUACAAGUACGUUCUCCCUGUCACUGCAUGGGUUUCCUCUGGGUGCUCUGGUUUUCUCACAUAUUCCAAAGAUGUGAGAGUUUGUAGAAUCUAUAAAUUGCCCUUAAUGUGGAGGUAAUGGAUGUGAUAACAGAACUAGUGUGAACAGAAGAUCAAUGGUCGACGUGGACUCACUGGGCUGAAGAUCCUGUUUCCAUGCUGUAUCUCUAAACUUGAUUCUGCUGUAAUUGUUGGUAACUUUUGUUACUGUCUACAAUACCACCUAUUUCAGUGCUAUCUACAAAAUGGUCAAUUCUUGAGUGGCCAUGUCAAUCACCCGAUCUGAACCCAAUAGAGCAUGCCUUUUAUAUGCUGAAGAGAAAACUGAAGGGGACUAGCCCCCAAAACAAGCAUAAGCUAAAGAUGGCUGCAAUACAGGCCUGGCAGAGCAUCACCAGAAAAGACACCCAGCAACUGGUGAUGUCCAUGAAUCGCAGACUUCAAUCAUUCAUUGCAUGCAAAGGAUAUGCAACAAAAUACUAAACAUCACUACUUUCAUUUACAUGACAAUGCUGUGUUCCAAACAUUAUGGUAUGUAUAAACGUUACUGUAAUUCCUACAUGGUGAAACCAAAAUGUAUAAAAAUGGCCUUUAUUAAAAUCUGACA